UAUGGUAAAGACUGCAGUGUUGGGGAAAAUGCUGCUCGCAACGAUUUGAAAUGUAUCAGUAACGAUCCGACACUGGUGCCAGGAUUGUGCCAGGUUGACUAUGGAGGUCCGUUAAUGACGAAUUACUACGAUGAACAGUUCAAGGUACAUGGUAUUGUAUCCCGUUUGACGCAGGGCUGCGGAAGUAAUGUGAUCUUCACAAGUUUGGCACCUCAUAGGCAAUGGUUGGAAUCGAUCAUCUUUAAACAGUUGAAUGAGAGGCUUGUAUUUAGCGAUAAGUGAAGGUAAAACAAUCGUAAUAAAAUAGCAAAUAGUUGAGUUCGUCAAUCAAACGUGUAUCACAGCUUCCCCGAAAUGAUUCACGAAUUGUCUACGUUCGUUGUGUUUAAGCUUUCAACUUGUGUGUGUUUUUGUUAUUGUUAAGAUUAUGAAUGAGGAGACGAGAUAAUUCGUGUCUGGCUAGCAGGUAAAACCUGUUUCAUGAGACACGCAAUGCGUCAUCUGAUGCCAAACUUCUCACUUGAUCUUGACGACACGAUUAUACUUUGAAUCAGUUGUGGUCGGGCACACGACUGAACAACAAGUUGCGUUUAAGGUGGUCCUUUAGAAAACUGUUACACAAUGAACUUGUUUUGGCGAAUGGGGGGUUUUGGCCUUCAGCUAGUGUUGUUGAUUCAAACCGUUGUGGACGUGCAAAUGCAAUCAUUUUACGAUGUUCCUCCACCGACAUACAUUGAUCGUACUUCAAUGAAGGAUUGUGCCAAACGAUUCUACUCAGAUGUUGGAGAUUACACCGGCUUCUACGGUGCAUUUGGUGGCUUUAGAGCUCUUCGCGGCGAGUUCCAGCAUAUGGUGGCGAUCGGCUGGACGCGUGCCAGUGGUAAAAUUGAUUACCUCUGCGGUGGCACCUUGAUCAGCAAACAGUUCGUAUUGACUGCGGCACACUGUGCCUGGGAUGGAGACAAUCUUCGUCCAGAUACGGUGCGACUAGGCGAUACGGAUCUAGGAAGUACCGAGGAUGACGAGUUUGCACAGCAAAUCGCGAUCGCUCGGCUGAUCGUACAUCCGAGCUACAGAGCAUCGCGCAAGUACUUCGACAUGGCACUGAUUGAGCUGGCAGAACAGGCCAACUUUACGGAAGCGGUUUGUUCGGCAUGUUUGUGGCAGGAGAAUCACCUACCGACGGGGUCUAUGGAUGCGGUCGGGUUUGGAGCAACCGGUUUCGGUGAAUCGCUAAGUCCGACGCUUCAGCGUGUUGUGCUAAAGCACCUGGAGCGGGAUGAAUGUGACAAUAGGAUCGCGGUGAACAAACGACAAAUGCCAGACGGCUUUCGGGCGGAUCAAUUCUGUGCGGCUGGCAGUGGUAUGGACACUUGCGAGGGUGAUUCCGGUGGUCCGAUCGGUGUGAAGCUGUUUAAUGUCGGAGGUGCGUUGAUACCGCUGGUAACCGGUGUAGUUUCGUUCGGAACUCCCUGUACAGCCGGAUCGACCGGGGUGUACAGUAAAGUGAGCGAGUAUGUCGAGUGGAUCCAGCGAACGACAAAUCUGUCUCUGGGUUAUAGAGAUUGUACCUUGGAAUCGUUCUGCGUCGGAAGGCCCAAAGAAACUAUAAACGUAGCAUAUAAUACCUUCUACACCAAGAGUCGCUUCGGUCUUUUAUGGAAGGAAUCUGACAGUCCCUCGAACGACUGUGGAGCGACACUGAUCGACUAUCAAUAUCUUCUAACGGCGGCUUCCUGUGUCAAGUCGAGCAAAGGUUAUCCAAAGUUUGUUAUUUCCGAAAGUGGUGAGCGUGCAGCUAUCUCGGAUGUAUACGUAUCGCCCAGUUAUAGAGCAGGUCGACCGGAAAGUGACUUAGCAUUGCUGAAGAUUGCUAAGUACGCGAAUCACCAAGUAUAUCGACCCGUCUGUUUAUGGGAUCGUCGGAGCGAUGGAGAAUGGAAGUCCAAGCCGGAGUUUUUCGCAUACGGACUGGAAGACCAGUUUGAUAAGUUUGUAUUCGUUACUGCUCGCAACGGUACGGGGUGUGAUGAGGAACUGAUACGUGGAACCGAUCUGCAAUGUUUCCACAACGAGGUACCCCUAAUGCCGGGAGUGUGUUGGAUGGAUCACGGUGGACCAAUUAUUGACCAAUCUGUUUGGGGAGAACCAGUGAAUAUGUACGGCAUUGUGUCGCCGUUAAGUAGAAGCUGUGGAUCAAAUCUGUUUAUGGUUGAUGUAACACCUCACAUUCCAUGGAUAGAAGCGAUCGUGGUUGGCAAACGGGACCAAUUCCUUGUAUUUUCAGACUGAAUAUUUAACUCAAAUCUACGCAAUAGAAAGCACGUAUGGAAUCAUCAUCUCGUGCAUAUGUUAACUUAAGACAUUUUCAUUCUCUUAAGCUAUCAAAAAUAAAUAAAAGUCCAAUUUUUCCUCUGUUUUAAAGUUUCCAACCUA